AUGGCGGCAUCGAUAGACUUCAGCGGAUCGUGGAAAUUAUCCAGAAGCGAGAAUUUCGAGGAGUAUUUAAAUGGAAUGGGCGUUGGCAUAAUAAUGAGAAAAGCAGCAACCAUUAUGACCCCGACAUGCAAGAUCAUCCAAAACGGAGAUGAGAUGGAGAUAAAGAUGUGCGUUCCCAUGACAACGCUAGUGCAGAAAUUCCGAAUAGGCGAGCCUUUCCAAGAUACCUCUCCCAGCGGUGAGAUAAAGACCAUGAUAGCUAAAUGGGAAGACGGGAAGCUGGUAUUUAAUGAAUCAGAGGAAAAAGAAGUACACCAUAGCGUCAUACGAGAAAUAAUCGACGACGAAAUGGUUAUGACUUGUAUCGUUGGUGACAUCACUUGUAAGAGAAUCUUUAAGCGGAUAUAA